AUGGGAAUUCACGGUCUCUCCAAGGUCAUUGGUGACAACGCAAAGGAGGCUAUCAAAGAGGACGACAUCAAGAACUACUUUGGACGCAAGGUCGCAAUCGACGCUUCGAUGUCCAUCUAUCAGUUCAUGAUUGCUGUCAGACAGCAGGAUGGACAGCUCUUGCAGAACGAGAACGGAGAGACGACAAGUCAUUUGAUGGGCAUGUUCUAUCGUACGCUGCGGAUGGUCGAUAACGGUAUCAAACCUGUUUAUGUCUUUGAUGGCAAACCACCCACCUUGAAGUCUGGCGAGCUUGCGAAGCGCACAGAGAAGCGUAAGGCGGCCACAGCAAGCAAAGAAGAGGCCGAGGAGAUUGGUGACCAAGAAGCCAUUGACAAGUUCAACAGACGCACAGUCAAGGUCACACCGGAACAUAACGCAGAGUGCAAGAAGCUAUUGAAGCUGCUUGGCAUUCCAUACGUCGAUGCGCCAUGCGAGGCGGAGGCCCAGUGUGCUGCAUUGGCAAAGUCUGGAAAGGUGUAUGCGGCAGGAUCGGAAGAUAUGGAUACCUUGACAUUUGGAUCACCCAUCCUACUGCGCCAUUUGACGUUCAGUGAGGCCAAGAAGAUGCCCAUCAGUGAAAUUUCGCUCAACAAAACUUUGGGCGGACUCAAUUUUACCAUGGAUGAGUUCGUGGACCUGUGUAUCCUGUUGGGAUGCGACUACUGCGACUCGAUCAAGGGUAUUGGACCGACACGAGCGAUCCAGUUGAUCAAAGAACACAAGAACAUUGAGACGAUUUUAGAGAACAUUGACCAGAAGCGCUAUCCUAUUCCUGAGCACUGGCCCUACAAGGAUGCGCGCGAGUUGUUCUUGAAUCCUCUUGUCAAGGAUCCCGCUGAGAUCGAGAUCAAAUGGGACAAGCCAGAUGUAGAAGGCUUGGUCGAGUUUUUGGUCAGGGACAAAGGAUUCAGUGAGGAGCGUGUGCGCAAGGGAUGCGAGAGACUGGAAAAGAACUUGAAGACCGCGACUCAGGGACGAUUGGAUGGCUUCUUUACAGUCCAGGCGUCGUCGGAUAAGAAACGCAAAGUUGAGGAGGCUACAGGCGGCAAGUCAAAGAAGGCGGCACCAGCAAAGAGCAAGGCCACAGGAGCUGGACGUGGUCGGCCUAGAAAGUAA